CCAGAACUAAGGAAUCUGGAGAAAAUUGUGAGGAGCCCAGCAAUGAAAAUGCUAAGAUAUCCUCAAACUGGGGAAAAAAAAUGGAGGAACUAAAAAGGCAAAUUGACAGACAUGGGUCUUUUGGGCCCACAGUGGAGGUAAUUUCCCCCUUUAGUGCCAGGGUGAUGAAAGCUAAUCUUCCUAGGGGUAUGAAAGCCCCCGAAAUCCAUUACAAAGGAGUCACUGAUCCCAACGAUCACUUGGCUGCAUAUCAAACUCACAUGUUGAUGCACGCAGUGGAAGACGAAAUCCAAUGUCGCCUUUUCGUAGGGACUUUAGAAGGACCAGCCGUAAAAUGGUUCCUCCCUCUCCCUAAUGGUACCAUUGAUUGCUUCAAAGAUCUCGCUCAAUUCUUCCUUAAUAGAGGAAGGUUCCAGCCGAAGAAGCACUUCACUCAUCUCUUCUCCGUGAAGCAAAAGGAGGGAGAAACCAACACAGAAUUAGUGCAAAGGUGGAAUGAGGCGAUGAAUGAGGUGGAACCCAUGGAUGAUAAGACUUCCAUCGCUCUAUUCAUGAGCAUUCUGAGAUCAGGAGAAUUGUUCAUAAGAAUAUUGGUGGACACAGGGAGCAGUGUCAACGUGUUGUAUUGGGAGGCGGCCCAGCAACUGGGAGUCAGGAAGGAAGACCUCAAAAGGCUUAAUAUGCCCUUGUCCGGUUUCACCGGAGACAUAAUUGAACCAGAAGGGUCCAUUAAGCUGAAUGUUAUGAUAGGCGAGCAUCCAAAGGUGAGGCAUAUGAAGAUGGAUUUUGUGGUAGUUGAUAUCAAAGCAGUUGGUGACCAACCCGCAGUAAAGAAGGCUUAUUUGAACGCUUGCAAGAGGAUAGACAAGGAGAACCUCAACAUCCAGACCAUUGGACAAGCCUUGGAAGAUAAAGAAAGGAAAGAGGGGUGCCGGGAGAGGCCUAAGCCAGCCGUGGAGAUGGAAGUGAUGUUAUUCCCUGACGGAGAUCCGGAGAAAGUCGUAAGGAUCGGCUUAGGGCUAGAGGAGGAUGUCCGUGACGAGAUUAUCCGAUUAUUAAGAGAAAACUCGGUCCUCUUCGUAUGGGAAUCCAAAGAUAUGCCCGGAGUCGAUCCUUCAGUCAUCUUCCAUAACUUGAAAAUCAAGAUGGAUUCCCUCCCGGUCAAGCAGAAGAAGAGAUAUCUGUCCACAGACAGGAAAGAAUUUGUGAGGAAGGAGCUAAAAGGAGAAAUGGAGGCAAAGGAAGGAAGGUUGAAGAAAUACAGAGACCGCGCCAGGACCCUACUUGGAAAAUUUGAGUAUUAUGAACUCAUAUAUGUUCCAAGGGAGGAAAAUGAAGAGGCGGACAUGCUUGCCAAAUUGUGUAGGACCGUUCCGAUCCACAUGGAGAGCAUGGUGAGGCAGCAUGAGAAGACCUGUCCUGUUUGGGAAGAGGCAGUCCUUGUCCUUGAGAUAUCCGGUCCAAGUACAACAUGGAUGAGCCCCCUGUCCACAUACCUUGAAAAGGGAGAGCUCCCUGUUGACCCCAAGGAGGCCCGUAGAGUCCAAUUGAUGGCUCCUAAGUAUCAAUUGGACGGAGGGAGAUUGUAUAAAAGGACCUUGAAUGGACCGAUGCUCAAGUGUUUGAGUGAUAGAGAAGCAGGAAAAAUAUUGGAAGAGGUGUACCAAGGAGUCUGUUCUGCCCAUCAAGGUGCCCUCACUUUGGCAAGAAAGAUGGAGUUGGGAAGUGGCGUCAUCCCCUCCACAACCAGCGGAGGGGGAAUAUUCCCAGCUAGAGGAGGGAGACUCCGGGCUGCAUUGGAUCCCAAAUCCGUCCACCUGGACAUGAGGCGGAUCAAGAGAUCCUUGCGAACUAGUGGCUCGGCCAAUUGGACGGGUCCCACUGAGACCGCCAUCAUCGGAGACGUCCUCGACUACCACCUCCUCCUGGACGAAAGGGUGGUUGGCAAGAGGCAGAGGUUGAUCCGCGACUGCGGACCCCACCUCUUCGUCCUCACUGUCCUCUUCCACAGAAAGAUCCCUUCGAGAGGAUCGUCGCGAUCCCUUUCGAAAUCGCGUGGUGUUGGAGAGAGGAGCCCAAGAAGAAGUAGUGUUCCCCAAUGUUUCUUGAAGAGGAACAUCAGGAGACACCCAAAACCCAAGACCCCGGAAAUACGAGUUCUUGAAGAGGAGGGCGCGGGGAACUGGGUGACCGUUCUUGAGGAGAAGGCAAAAAACCCCCUCAAGGUCCUCCAGGGCCAUCACCACAAAGAAGCGGCGAAACUAAUCAUCGAGCUUGUCGACCAGGCUCUCCAAGAAUUGCAUGUUGGUCCGGGCUGUGAAACUUACGAACCCCUUGCCCGACUCGCUAUCAUACUUGUGGUGGCAAAAGAAGGAGAGGAAGAGAUCCAAAGUAGGCUGGAUGCCUUUCUUGUGGCAUCGGGCGAGGAAACACAAAAGGGACUUGUGAGAGUUGGAGGAAAUUUGGCCGGGAGGGAUGGCAUACCGGUUACAAAUCUCCACCAAGAGAGGAUGAAAGGGGAAACACCACCCCAUCUUGACCGAGUCAUAAUGGACGAUCAACCGGCUGGGAGUGUUCUGAUUGCGCUCCAAAGUAGUUCCCUCGGCUUCCUGGACUUGGUAGUCGAGAGGGACCAUUCCCCUCAUCUUCCUUAGUUGUCCGGGGGUGAUGGAGGAAACAUUUUCGUCCUCCUUGGCCUUCUUGUUGCCAUUGAAUAGCUUGGCAGCCUUAGAUAAGGUUUUCUUCAUUUUGGAAAAGAGGAUGAAAGGAGAGGAAGAAGGCUGAGAGACAGGUAUGAAGGCAAAAGGCUACGGAUAUGGUUAUGAGAGCGUGAGAAUAAGGAGAAGGGAACUGA